AUGCUGCCCUCGAAGCUGUUCCCCUGCCUCUUGGUCAUCUACGCCCUGAACGGCGUCUUCGUGCAGGCCAAUAACGCGACGACCCUCCAGCCGAAGCCCCGCUGCCCAGCCGGCAACUACGUCUGCUUGGGGAAGGACGACGCGGAGCUGUGCAUGCCCGGAACAUAUGGGACCGUCGAGCCCACGCCUGGGCUAUGCAAAAUCCAAUGGGCCCAUGGUCGACGGAACACCUGCCGGUGGGGCUCCGCUCCGAUCUGGCUGUUCAACAAGCACUACUGCGUCGAGUCCUCUAAGCUUCUCCACAGCUACCUACCCUACAAUUGGACGAUGGCCGGCUGUCCGCCGCUGCACCUCAACUGCGCGGCCGACAACGCCACGAUCACUCACUGCGUAAACGGGACGCAGAUGAGCCAACAUACAUACCCUGCGGUGUGCCAGCAUAGACUCUGCCUCAAACCCGAUCAUCACGCUUGCCGUGGCCCGUACGGCAUCAUGUGCAUCCCAUACGGCGACAUCCUCGAGAUCAAGAGCAGCAACAAGGAGAACGAGCUCGACGAGUGCAUCAUGGAGCGACCGACAGAGCCGCCUGCCAUGGCCGAGGGCGACGAGAAGACGUCCACGCAGUCCAAACAUGGAAACGCUCUGUCCAUCCUGCCGGCCCUCCUGCUGACCGUGCUUGUCCUCAAGGCGUUCGGC